CAGUAGGUGUGUCAGUCAGGGGGAGUAGAAUCUAAGUGGUGAGGAGGGGAACCGUUGUCCGGUUGUGCACCAAUCACCAUGAUCGACACCCGUAGUGGGAAGAGUACUGCCCCUCAAUCCGAGCCUGAGCAGGCCCGAAUUGCCGCCAUCCUGAGGGAGAGGAAAGAGAAGAAGGAGCUCCUGAAGCAGGCGAAGUUAAAGGCUAUUGCAGAGGAGCAGGCGACGAAGAAGAAGAGAUUAAAGGAAGAGAUGUUAAGAUUUCAAAAGGAGAAGAUGAUGUUGUUAGAGCGAGAGGAAGAAGAGAGGAGGAAGGUUGCCGAAGAAGAAGCAGCAGCAGAGGACGAGGAAGAAGAAGAAGAAGAGCCCCUUGAAAGAAGACGUGGAGAAGAGAGAGGGGAGGCAAGUGGCACGAAAGGGGAAGAUGCGUGGAUGGAAAAGAAGAUUACAGAGUGGGUGGCUAACUUAUCGUUAGGGGAGGAUGAGGAGGCACAAUUGUAUGUACCGCAGGAGGAGGGAGAAGUGUUUGCCAGGGAGUUGGAGACAAUAGAGGACCCCCUGGAACACCAAACAAUAGAAGAUGAAAAUAAGCUGGAGUGGAAGUUGAGAAUGAUGAGGGAGAAGAAGAGGAGGAGAGAGGAGGCCAACAGGGUGGCGAAAAAAGUGGAGAAGGUUCAAGCCUGUAGACAGGAGGUGCAGGCACAAGCCGAGGUCCCCGCCAAAUUCAAUAAGAUUCCGGGGUACCUAGAGAUUCUGAGCAAGGCCUGGGUAGAAGAACAUCAGGCCGUCAAGGGUCAAUAUGUGACCUUGCAUGCCAUCCGAUCUGGGUUUAGGGAGUUUCCGCACCACGUGGUAACCCACGUCGACGUAGUAACCCACGUCGGGACCGAGGUCAAGAAACUAAUGGAAGGCGCAGAGAAGUUUUGUGUCGGCGCCAUUGAGGGCGCCAAAGUUGUGGCUGCGGCAGAAGCCGAAGCACAUCCCCGCAAGGAGCCAGUAAAGCUCAAAUUCCCUGACGCAUAUGGCGGGAAGGAGGAGGAAAAUUUUGAUAAUUGGGAGUCAACUCAUUCUCGGUGAACUUAUAAAUAAGAAAUAAUGAGUCAAAUAAGGGUGCGAAGGCCACUCUGA